GCGCGUUUCUAAUUAAAGGCCCGGGCUAGGCGCUCCCCCCGCUUCCCAUCUUCCCGCCGCCGCCCCCUCCCACUCCACACACACACUUGGGACUGUCUCCUUACGUCGGAGAGAGGAGAAGGAGUGACGGAGCCCUGCCCGGGAGAGCUGCGCUAAGGGGAGGGACGGGGGACUGGGGCGGGAGGGGAGGGAGGGCUUGUGCAGCAGCGACGCUCUCGAGGUUGCCAAGUGGACUUUUAUUGUUUUCCACCCACUUCCAAGUCGAUACUAUCUGCCGUCUCAUGUCCAUCCUAUAGCCUAUAUAAGCGGCUGCGCUGGGGCCGCAGGAGAUGGAGUAGUUUGUGGAUACGGCGGGAGCACAGGGACGGGGGGGCGGCCCAGCCGGGGAAAACUUGGUCUCCCCGCCACUCGCGGGCUGCUCUGCCCUGGAAGAGUCACGGGAGCGGCUCCCGCGGGAAGGACGCGCCGGACCGCGGGACGGAGAGGCAGGGAAACAGGAGGCCUCCCACAGCAGCGGAUCCUUCCUUUUCAUCCGGUCGUUCACCCUUCAGGUCAGAUUGCAAUGAGCAGACUGAGGUCUCCUGGGUUGCUGGUGCUAGUGCUCCUAAUGCUCUCAGCAGGAUAUUGCAAAGAGAAAACUGACUCCACAGAUUUGAAGGACAGGCAAAGUCUCUUAAAUCUGAUCAUGGAGAUCAUUCAGGAACUGAAAAGGUACCACCUGGAGAAGGACAGUGGGGUGCAGUACUUCUCCAAACAUGACUACACCUUAGAUCGAAGGGAAGUGGCGGACUAUGGGGGAUACCAGGAUGAGCAGAGAGUUGAAAUAGUUCCCAGAGAUUUGAGGAUGAAAGACAAGUUUUUAAAGCAUUUAACAGGCCCUCUCUACUUUAGCCCAAAAUGUAGUAAACACUUUCAUCGACUUUAUCACAAUACAAGGGACUGCACCAUCCCAGCAUACUAUAAAAGAUGUGCCAGGCUUCUUACUCGGUUGGCAGUAAGCCCAAUGUGCAUGGAAGGAUAAGAUGUUACUACCAUGAAAAGAAACACCAAGAACCAAGAGAAGUGCCUU